CUCUCCCACAACUACUUUUUACCGUCGUCUUAGUUGGUCUCCAGAUGGUUCUCAUGUCGCAACAGCAAAUGGUGCGCAAGGCGCGGUACCCAUUGCUGCUAUAUUUAAUCGAGGCGAAUGGCGUACUGAUAUAUCUUUGGUGGGACAUGAUUCUGCAAUCGAAGUCGUGGCGUUUAAUCCAGUUCUUUUUAUGAUACCUGACAGUGAUGACGCUGACCCCAAUUCCGAAACCAUGGGUAGUGUAUGUGCUGUUGGAAGUCAAGACCAUAGUAUUUCUGUAUGGGUAACGAGAAAUGCUCGUCCACUCUUUGUUUGCCAAAAACCUUUUGACCAUAGCGUAUUGGAUUUAGCAUGGUCACCUGAUGGCACACAGCUUUAUGCGUGUUCUUAUGAUGGUACUGUGGUCGUCUUACAAUUCCUUAAUAAAGAAUUUGGCACUCGAGUGUCUGAGGAAGAACAUGAGAAACUCCUUACAAAAUAUGGAUUCACAGCGAAAGAACCGAUCGUUCUCGAAAGCACUACUCAACUUAAUUUAGAAAGUGAAUAUGCGAUUGCAAAACGUAAAGAGAAAUCGGAUCAUAUGGCUAAUAUGAUGGAGCCUAUGGGAUCUACAACCGUUGAUAUGGACAUUAGUACUUCUGAACCAAACAAUAAUUUAACCAUUGAUUCAAAAACUACUGAUUUUGGACCUUCAAGUGUUCCGUCACAGCCAUUACCCUCGGUAGAAACGCAACAACCAAUUAAUAAUGAAAUAUCUACAAACAUCAAUGGGGCAUCGACUUCAACAUCUAACACAAUUACAAGUAUAGCUAUACAUCAACAAACCGUUACUAUGACAAAAGACGGUAAAAGGAGGAUUCAACCUCAAUUUUUGAGAAGCCUUACAUCAUCUACUACGAAUAUACCUUCAACUUCUGAACAAAUUGUUGUUGAAUCAUCCACGUCAAACAAUGGUCUUACAAGUGCUUCCAUGCCUUUACAUAAUAAUCAAAAAUUGACAACUGAAGACAUAUUAGGUAGCGAAAUGGAUGCUCCUUCUCGCGCUUUGCCACCUGGUGGAAUUCCUACCUUGGUUAUUGGGAAUAAACGAAGUGCACCAUCAGAUACAACUACUCAAUCUAGCAAGCGACAAAACAUAUCUGGCAAGAUGCAAUCAGAAGUUGAAGCUCAACCAAGUAUUUUAAGAUCAUCUCUAGUCUCCCCAUCCGUUGCAAUGUCACAAGUAAGAUUAGCUACUCAUAAAGUUUUGAGUUACCUUGCUAAGGAUCGUCUCGAUGGUGCAUCAUUAAAAUUAGAAUGCUACAAUUUUAAUGAAAAUACACCAUCUCAAAUAAUGUGUACUCGUGGUAAAACCACUGUAUGGAUUGAUUAUGUCCCGAGUGGGGUGAUACUUAUUACCGGCCAUUCUCAAUAUUCCGCUGUUGCUUGUGAAGAUG